UUCACCGACAACGGCAGCUACAUCUCCAUCGAUGCCAAAGUCUACUGACUACGUGACUACGUCACAGUCAACUCCUCGAGCAUCAAGUACGUCAACUAGUUUCUCACAUUCAUCUCAACUUACGCAUGCAACAUCAAAUAAUGUGCAAUCUACUUCUGGAACGAAGUCUCCUAGAGUUACUAGUGCUCCAGUUACCGUCACACAAGCUAAUGCGUCAUCCGUGUCUCUAUCCAGUAGUUCUUCGACUCUCAACCUUCCUACCACUUCGACACCACGCACCAGCUCGUCUUCUCAACGAUCAGAUCUUAUACCAACGACAUCAACCGUUUUGCCAACAUCUCAAACCGCAUCACCUCCAUGCCAUCAUACAAACACUCCUUCCUCAUCAGCAAUGCCCCCUAUUGGAAAAGUGACGAAUUCAGCGACUAGUGGAAACGCAAGUAAAAGUACAACUAGGCCAGCAACGAAAUCAACGACACAAACGCGUAAGUAG